AUGUUUCUUAAUCUAAUUAAAGGUUUAGAAAGAAAUGAAGAUAAAGAAAAUGUUAUAAAUAUUAAUAUACAAAAAUUAUUGGGUGAUAAAACCUAUGAAAAAAGGAAGAAGGGAGCACAAGAGUUAGCAGAACUGAUAAAAAUAAUAUUAUUAAAAGAAGAAGAUGAAGAACAAAAACAUUUGGAUGAUUUAUUAGAUAAACAAAUUGAUGAGACAUUCUUAAAUGAAAGUAAAAAUUUUUCAGAGAAAGAUAUUAACAAAAUUUCUAAUAUAAAAUCAAAAAAUGAUGUAGAAUUUAAUGGUGAAAAUUAUUUUCAAAGCUAUAAUGAAAGCUUAAAAAAAGAAGAUAUAUGCUUUAAUAGUGAUGAAGAUAAAAAAAAAAAGUAUGAAAGUCAAGAAGAGAAACAAAAUAACCAACAAAAUAAUAAAAAGGAUAUUAAAAGCAACGGAGAAAACAAAAAAAAUAUAUUUGAAGAGUACAAAAAUAAUUUGGAUGAAGAAGUAAAAAAUGUUUAUGAUACGGAUAAAACUAUAGAAGAGGAUAAAAAAAAAUUUACAGAAAUAGAAAAGGGAGAUUAUUAUAAAGAAAUAAAUGAGGAGAAUUAUAUUUUAGGUUCUGAAAUAAUUAAAAAAAUGUUAUUAGAUAAAUGUAAAGAAAAUUAUGAUAUAGACUCCGAAUUUAUAAAAUCGACUGAAAAUAAAUAUAUAAAGAAUAAGGUGGGUUUAGAAAUAAAAAUGGAUAAAAAUAAAAGAAAAUUAAAUGAUAUAUUAGACGAUAACGAUAUUUAUAUAGACAGUUUUAAUAAGAAAUAUCAAAAUAAGAAAAUUUUAAGUAUAAUUAAUUUUAUAGAUAAAAAGUUUAUUCAAAGUGUUAACAUUUCAGAAAGAUGUGGAGGUCUAAUUGCAUUAGCGUUUAUAUCAAUAAGUUUAGAUAUUAAAAUAAAAUUUUAUUUUACAGAUAUAUUAAAAAUUAUUAUUUCAUGUAUAAGCGAUCCAGAUUCUAAAGUAAGGUAUUAUGUAUGUGAAAGUUUAUAUAAUUUGUGUAAAGUUUCAAAAAAUAUUAUUUUUUAUAAAAUUGAAGAUAUAUUUGAUUGUUUAUAUAGAAUAUUUUCAGAUUCAUGUACUAAUGUGAAAAAUGGAGGUGCAUAUUUAGAUAAUUUAUUAAAAGAUAUGAUUUGUUCAUAUAAUAAUAUUUUUAAUAUAUAUAAAAUAAUAUAUAUAUUAAAGGAUAAAAUAUCUAUUGAAAAUACAGAUGUUAGGCAACUUAUAAUAUCUUGGUUAUAUUUUCUACAAAAUAUUCCAACUAUCAACAUAUUUGAAUAUUUUCAUUUUUUUAUAAAAGACUUAUUUUUUAUGUUAUCCGAUGAAAAUAAAGAUAUACAAAAACAAGCUAAUCAGUGCUUAGAUUUAUAUAUUGAUAAAAUUGCAACAUCAAAUUAUGAGCAAUGCAGGAUAUUUUUAAGACAUAUAGCUCAUGUAAUUUUAGAAUUUUGUGAUAAUAAAAAUACCAUCAUUAAGCAUAAAAGCUUAUUGUGGAUAUAUCAUUUUAUAAAUAUUUUAAAUAUUCAUUUUUAUAAUAUAUUUAAAUCUCCUAAAAAAAAUAAUAUUUUUGUUUCUCAACUUCUGGAAAAAAUUAUUUAUUGCACGUCUGAUGCAAAUUUUGAUAUUCAUUAUACAGCCAAAAAAUGUAAUGAACUGUUAAUAAAUUACCUUAAAUUUUCCUCAUUAGAAGCUGCACCACAGAUAACAAAGCUAUUAUGUGAUAUUAUUAACUCAAAAUUAGAAAAAAGUGAAUUAAUUUUAAGUACCAAAGAAGUAAUGAAUUAUAAUAAUUAUCAAAAAAAAUCUAACUCAAAAAAUAAAAAGUCUCAGAAAUUUUCAAAUGAAGAGACAGAAUUAGAUAAAAAUCAUAUAAUAUAUAAUGAAAAUUUACACAACACAAGUAAGAUUAAAAAAGAUAUAAAUGAAGAAAAAAAUAUAUCUUAUUCUGUUUACAAAUAUAAUGAUCAUUGUGUAUCAUAUAAAGUUAAUGAAAAAGAAAAAGAUAUUGAUAAAGAUUCUAUCAAAAAUGAAAAUAAUGUUAAUUAUGAAAAGGACGAUUUUAUUUCCAAUGGAACCGAUAGAGAUAAUUAUAACCCGGAAGAUAAUAUUGUUUGUAAUUUCAAAUAUAAUAAUAAGAGUAUAAAUAAUGAUAACAGCAAUAAAUCCAGUAUAAAUAAAGAUGAAAAAUAUAGAGAAAAUCAUUCGGUACAUUUCAUUCAUCAUAAUAAUAACAUAGAAAAAAAUAUAUAUGCAAUGAAAAAUGAUGAAAAAAGUAAAUAUAUUGAUAAUGAUAGUAAUAGUAAAUAUAAUGAUAAGAAUAGUGAUGAAAAUAAGAAUAAUGUUGAAAAUAACAAUAAUGAUGAAUAUAACAGUAGUGAUGAAAAUAACAAUAAUGAUGAAAAUAACAAUAAUAAUAAUAAUAUUAAUGAAAAUAUUAUAAAUAAAAAUAAUAAUAGUUUUAAUAAUAAUAAUAAUUAUGAAAAUACUAUAAGUAGCAAUAACAGUAGGAGUAAUAGUAAUAACAAUAUUAAUAUUAGUAAUAAUAAUGAAAUGAAGAAAAAUACCAUAAAUGAUUAUAUAAAUAGUGUUCAUAAGUGUGAUAACAGUGUUAGUAACAGUAAUAAUAAUUAUAAAGAUAACCUUAGUGAAUCAUUAAGUUUUGAAUCAUGUAAUUUAUUUUAUAAAAAAAAUAACAUUUCCGAAGAUUCGAGAAAUAAAAUAUUAAAUAAUAGUUACUCAAAAGAACAAAAUAUUAAUUUAAGAUUUCUUUGUAAUCAUGAAAAACUUAUAAAUGAAAUAAAAGAAAAAAAAAUUUUAUUAAGAGAUGUAGGUAAAAGUGAAGCAUAUUUUAUAAACAAAUUUAUUAAAAAAGUCAAUGAUGAUGAUGAUGAAGAUGAUGAUAAUAUGUUUUAUGAUAAUUUAGAAAAAAGAAAUAUUUACCCUGUAAUUAUGUGUUUACAGUGGUUAAUUGAAAUAUUAAUAUAUAAAAGUAAUGAAAUUAAAACUUAUUAUGAUCAAAUAAUUGUAUGUGUAUUUAAGUGCUUAAAAAAUGAUAAUAGUAAGGUUCUUUUAUUAUCACUAACCGUCUUAUCAGCUAUGUGUUCAACUGUUAAUAAUAAAUUUUAUUUUUAUGAAAAAAUAAGUGAAAACUUAAUUAUACUAUUUAAAAAUGAUGAAAAUUUAUUAAUACAUAAAGGAAAAGUUAUAGUACAACAUAUUUCUCGUUGCUUAAAUAACAAAAAAUUUUAUGCUUAUUUAUCCUAUUUACUAAUUAAUGAAAGCAAUUUAAAAUUUGUAAAUAAAUUUGUUCAAGUUUUAAAUUGGGUAUUAUUAACUUCUAAUGAAACAAAGUAUCUUAGAAAUGUUUUAUUCUUAAAAAAAUAUUAUCAUCUGUUUUCAAUAAUAUUAAUUGCAUGGUUUCACAACCCAAUAUCAGCCAUAUCUUUUUUAUUGUGGUUACAAAAAUAUGAGCUAUCAUAUUUACUUUGCUCUUAUUUAACUUUGAUAGAUGUAAAUUCUGACUUUUUUCAUCAGCUAGAUAAUUUUAUUUUUUUAUUUGAAUCACCAGUUUUUUCAAAACAAAGAAUUCAUUUAAUUUAUCCAAAAAAUUAUCCAUUUCUAAUUAAGUCAUUAAUGAUACUCUCUUUAAUGCUACCAUUAAAUACAUCAAAUAACAUUUUACAAAAAAGAUUGCAAAUUUCUCAGUUGUCUAUUUUAACGGCUAAUGAAAAAGUUACCAAUUUCAUGGAUACUCAUAAUCAUAGUGGCAUUUUCAACAUUGAGGAUAAGGAAUAUAUAGAAUAUAAGAAGGAAACUGAAGAAUGUGAAAAUAACAAUAUUUGCAAAAAUGAAAAAACAGAUGAAUCUGCGGAAUUACUUAAAUUGGAAAAUGAAGAAAAUACAAAAGAAUACAGUAUUUUAGAGAAAACAAAUUUAGAAAAAAUGAAUGAAGAAGAACAAUGGAAUAAUAAGUAUAAUUAUUUGUUAAAUAACGUAAAGAAAAAACUUUUAAAAGAAGAGAUUCACAAUAAAAACAUGUGUGAUAGAUAUAAUGAAUGUGAUGAAUUUAUUAGUAUAUUCAAAAUCAUUUUAAAAAGUCAUAAGAUAAUUAAUUAUUGUACAUAA